AUGUCGUUCGCCGCGUGCGCGUUUCUCGACGCACGUGGUGUCAUCGCGUCUACCGCGCGCGUCGUGCGACGAGAGACGAAGCGAGGACACGAUGCGACGCGACCAAAGUCGUCAAAAAGCAACCUCGACGUCACUCGAAACAAAACCGACGCCGCCGCGCCUUUGGACGUCUACGACCGCCGCGCGCGCGCGCACGUGAUCGGAUUAUGCGCGUGCAUUGCCCUGGUGAACCCACAGGGCGCGAACGCGAUCACGGAGAAUCAAAUGUUAUGGCUCGAGGCGUGGCGCGCGGUGGACAAGGCGUACGUCGACAAGACGUUCAACGGCACGAAUUGGUUCAAGCUCAGAGAGAGUGGGAUCAAGCAGCUCGAUUUAUCCGAUACUGACUCGACGUACGAGGCGAUUCGGGGGAUGUUGCAGAAGUUGGACGAUCCGUUCACGCAAUUUUUGGAGCCGGAGAAGUACGCGAGCGUCACGGAUAGGACGAUGAAGGCGGACGUGAGCGGGGUCGGGGUGGAGAUGGGAUUUACAGACGAUAAACGAAUCAUCGUCGUGGCACCCGUACCUGGGGGGCCGUCCGCCGAGGCAGGGGUGAGGGCGAAGGACUUGAUCGUCGAAGUGGAUGGGUCGGCGACAAAGGGCAAGAGCCUGUAUGAAGUCGCGGACGAGCUCUCGGGGCCGCAAGGGAGUAAGGUGACGCUCACGGUCGAUCGCGACGGGAAGAAGGAGCAGAUCGUAGUGCAACGACGACGUUACACCGUGAUUCCGGUGACGUCGGAGAAGUGCGACGUUGACGGUGGGAAGAAGAUUGGAUACGUCAAGCUCUCGACGUUCAAUCAAGUCUCUGGGAAGGAGACGAAGAAGGCUCUGGAGCAGCUCAAGAGCGAGAACGUGGACGCGUACGUAUUGGAUUUAAGGGAUAACGUUGGAGGGCUGUUUCCGGGCGCGUUAGAGAUCGCCAAGGCAUUGAUAAACGAGGGGACGAUCGUGUACAUCGCCGACUCCACCGGUGAGCGCGAUGUCUUCGAGGCGGAUCGAACCGCGCUCGACGCGAAGACGCCGCUCAAGGUUCUCGUCAACCGAGGCACGGCCAGCGCCUCGGAAGUUCUCAGUGGUGCUCUGAAGGACAACAAACGCGCGGUGAUCAUGGGUGAGCAGACUUUCGGUAAGGGUUUAAUCCAAACGUUGGUGCCGCUCUCCGAUGGAUCCGCCGUGAGCGUCACCGUCGCCCAAUACCGCACACCCUUGGGCACGGACAUCAACAAAAUUGGAAUUACCCCGGACCGACCGUUACCUCUCGAUGCAAACGGUACGGACGCGGUGCCGUCGAACGCGCAGGACUUUUGCGCGUACGCCCGCUCCGCGCCGUCGCUCUUCCUCGACUGA